AUGUCUCCACUGGCAAACGAUCCCCAGCGAGUCGCGCGCAUCAUGCUUUCCUGGCACGCGCUGGACCUGGUUUCUUGCACCAGACUGCAGACAUUGUGGGCAGGAUACGGAAGUAUCUGCGCGAUUCGAGCGCGAGCUACGAGUGACAGUGCAGCAAAGCAGCUCAGUGAGCUCUGUGGGGUUGAACCGGGUGUUGCGGGCAGCACCUAUUCCCUGAUUUUGAAGCUCAUAUCGCCUCCCGGCAACAGUGCCGAUCUCAAUGACGAGGGCCAUCUGCGCAAGAUGCUCAGUUAUGAGGUCGAGCAGACUUUUUACCAUGAUGUUGUUCCGCUGCUUGCGGAUGAGACUCCCGUGGCCGAGUGUCUGGCCUCGACACGCGACAUGUCGAAGGGGGCGAAGGGGGCAGCGGAGCUUGAAGGGUUGCUGGCUACUCUCAUGGUGGACUUGUCUCUUCAGUUCCCCGUUUGUGGAGGGAAGCGAAGUGCUUUGAAUCGAACCCAAGUGCAUGCGGCGCUCGAGUGGCUGGCUCGUUUCCACAGUCGAUCGUGGGAGUGGCUCCCUGAGAAUCUCGAUCGAUAUGUUUUGCCGCCUUUAGAUGAACAGAAGAGACGACAGAGUGAUGGAGCCGGGGGCCGUAGCCUCUGGUUGAAUGGUGGUUAUACUUAUCUUGCAACGCGUCAACGAGAAUACGCUUCUCUUGCGGACGACUCUGAUUCAGAAUGGUGCGAGCUUUUGUGUACACCAUGGCAUGGUUGCUCCAUGUCUGCUGGCGAAAUGGCGGCAUCUUUCCUGACUCCGCGUGGAAGAGCUGUGGAAUCGUAUAUUCACGGUGACGUGAAGUCUGAGAAUCUAUUCACCACAAAAGACGGUGGCAAAGUGGCAUUCUUCGAUUUUCAAUACGUUGGGCUUGGUCUUGGCGUCUGUGAUCUUGCCAAAUUGUUUACCUGCUCCGUGCCGAUGCAUGAACUUGUGGAUUCCAACGAGCCAUUGCCGGACCAGCUGGAUAUGGGAGAUGGUGAGGCCCGCCUGUUGGAACGAUACUACCGCGUUCUUGUUCAGAGUCAGAGCACGGGCUUUUACGAGUGGGAUUCUUUUAAACGGCAUUGGGAGACGGCUCUCGUCGAUUGGUGUCGCUUCCAGGCUUCCUGGGGAUUUUGGGGCAAUACAGAUUGGCUGGAAGCACGUGUACGGUCGAUUCUGAAUGACCAGGACUGGCGAGACUGGCUCUGCUUAAUGACGAAAGAACGAGCAGCGUAG